CUCCUCAUUUCUUUUCGACUUCUCCCCAACAACCCAGCCAACAUUUUUUUUUCCUCCCAAACAAUGAAACAAAGCCAAAACCCUAAAGUAACUCCCUAGCAACGACCCAAAGCAGAUCUGACCAUCGACGGCCCACGGCCAGUCGGCCACCGUGACGGCGUGAUACCGUCUCUUCCGUCUUCCACACCGCCGGCGAACCAGCCGGCAGCAAGCCAGCAACCUUUCCGAAUUCCGGCCGCUUGAAAAUUGAAAGAUAAGAAGAGUGCGAGGUAAUUAAUUGAAGGAUUUUCUCGACGAUUUCAAAAAUAUUUGAGGAGAAUUAUAAUGGGGCUCAGCAAAACUGAGAUAAAUUUGAGAAGGUUAAUUGCUGCGGCUCCUCGACAGCAAAAUCAGGCAAAACUAGUUCAUUAUGUUGCUAUGCUUCCCGAAUUGUUGGAACAGCUAACUGAAGAAACAACUCCAGAAGGCUUGCCCAGGGUCUCAAAAGCUAAAGUGAAUGAUUACUCUGAGAAGAUUGAAUCUAUUGCAUGCAAAUUAGUUUCAACAGAGGAAAUCUUUGUAGAAACUUCCACUGAGGCAAGCCGUCAAAGAAUUGAAGAAGUAAAAGUUGCAUCCCCGCCAGGACUUAGAAAGAGACCAGUGCCAUCCUCAUAUGUUGAAGACAGAUCACGUGAUAGUGUUGGAACUAAUUCAUCACCCCUUGUCCAAUUAGAUGAUGCUGCUCAUUCGCAUAUUGACAAGCACAGAAAGCUUCAAGAAGACUUAACAGAUGAGAUGGUGGGAAUGGCAAAGCAACUAAAACAUAGCAGUCUCCUCAUGAGUCAGUCACUACAAAAUGCUGAGAAGUAUAAAUAUUUGCAUCACAAUCAACAACGCAAUAACGUAACAAUGGCGACUGUAUUCUUCAUGGAUCAUAAUGACAAAAAAAUCGGAGGAAGGAGCCCAACAACGAGGAGCAGCGAGCCACCGAGACAACCACCAAGACAACAAAGGAAUCAACUUUGAGUCACGAUCAACAACGCAACAAUUAACAACCUCAACACUAUAGCAGCUGCGACGACGACACAACGACAGUAGCAACGACGGAACAUGGCAGCAGCGCCGGAAAGUCAGAGGAGCAAGAAAGAAUUGAUCCAGUAAAAUGGGGGUUCACUAAAUAAUUAAUAAUCAUGUAUUUGAAUGUUUUUUCUUUCUUUUGCUUAUAGUAGUUGUCUUGAAGAUAUUUCAGAUCAAUUAAAAAUCUAAAUUUACAAUUUA